AGCUUAGUAUAUUAAAACAUAUUUUAUUUAGACCCUGCCACGUGUUCCUAGUUAACUUUUCCCAUGGAAUAUCGUCGUGUUCAUCCAUCGACUGAGAUUGACUAUGCGAUCCCUCCCCUUGCGCUUUGUAUGUCAAAUCGCUAUGACAAAUUAAUUGAAUUUUGCUACAAUUUCGGGGAUUUUUCGCAAUUUUUCGACACUUUUUUCGGACUCAAUUAGGGCAGAAUCCAAUAUAUAUUAGGUCAUGAUAGAUGGGACUUAAGAGGAAACAUAGCAGAUGUUUUCCGAGCGAAACAGUUGCAAGGCUAUGAGUAUUCGGAACUAAACGUUUCACUCUCGUUUUGUGCAAAUUUUUAGUGUGUUCUAGCUGGCUUAUCUAAGAUAGCUUGAAAAGCAACAAUCAUGUUUGCCUGACUUCGUAAAUUUCAAUCAUAUAACCCACAUUCCCUAUCUGCACGCACUUAUCGAUUCUUGUGUACACAUAUACGUGAAAAGAACUCGCCGGGUUUUCUUAGUUGUCAUAAAAUUGCCGGCCCAGGUUCAGUUUGCAAUCGGAAGCCAAGGAGCAUGUCGAACCCAAUUCUACUUACGCAGAUAUCCCAAGAUGCCUCUCUACCGACCUGGCUGGAUCAGAAGGAUCUGGAGGCCUUGGUGAGGCAGGACAUUGCAGAGUUUAGCAAAAUCGAAAACAUUCGAUGCAAGAGGGAGGUUCAACUGGCCCAGCCAGCACUCUGUGCUCAUCUUCAGGUACUUUUAAGGGACAACAAAAAACGACAAGUGAGUUACCUAAUCAAGUCACCAGAAUCGAUAGCAAUCGGUUUAAAAGUGCCCAUAGAAGGGGAUUUCACAGUGGAGCGUCAUAUUUACGAGAAUGUACUACCUUCCCUGGAGGAGCUGUACAAAGAUGCGGAUAAGAUCAUUCGCUUUAGCCCACCAGUUAUCCAGUCAAAGCAAAAAUCCAACCAUCUCUGCUUGGAAUACAUCUUAAACAAGGGCUAUUCCGUGGCCAAUGGCCCCAAAGGUCUGUCCGCAACCACAAUGAAAGGUGUUCUAUCGAAACUGGCUGCUUAUCACGCCGGAACAGCUUGCUAUAUAGCGAAGAAUUCCAGCAAGAUUAGGGAGCUUCCAAAGCUUGGGGAGAACUCGAAACUGGGGAAAGAGGCUGCCGAGCUCAAAAGCUUGUACCAAAUGAGAUUUCACGAGAGUCUCCGCGCGAACGAGGCCAGAGAGUACGAAGAUAAGGUGAAAUCAUUUCAAAAGUAUCUGAAGUCGAAUACCGAACUUCUGGAUUUGAGAACUUCGUUCAAUGUGAUUCUAAAUGGAUCCUGCUGGCCGAAUAAUGUGCUCAUCCAAGUCGAUGCUUUUGGCAAUGUUAAGGAUACGCUCUUCAGUGACUUUCAUGCUGCCAAAUAUGGUCCAGCUGUAUAUGAUCUUUUUAGCUUGCUCCUCACGGCCCCGGCUGAAAAAUCCACCCGAUUUGAUGGCUUUGUGAAGUAUUACCACGACCGUUUGAUCGAAAACCUGACUCUACUGAGGUUCCAGGGAAAGAAACCCAGCCUUACGGAUCUACAGUUGGAUCUACUGAGAUACGGUCAUUGGGCCUUUGAGUUUGCCACUGAAGUUCUGCCCAUCUUGCUCUCGGAUUUUGGCAACAACGACGUGGAUGAGCUCUUCAAGAACCCUGUGUUUGGAUCUCAAAUUAGAGAACUGCUACCCUGGCUAGAGAAUCGUGGAUACUUCGAAGAAGACUAGACAACGACCUAGUUACAGUCAU